GAAACAAAUAUAUUAUUUUAAUCAUUCUUUCUAAAAACACACAUGCUAAACCCUAAAUAAACUAAAAAAUUAGUCUUCAAAUAAUUAAUUUCAUCUAGUGGCCAAGUCUUAUUACACACUAAAAAUAGGAGAGUAGACUUAGCACACCAUAAAGACUAGUUCAUUCUACAACUUCCUCACUUCUUCUGCAUAAAUACCAAACAUGUGAAGCCAUUGAGGUUUAGCUUUUCAGCACACAAGAUGAAUCUCAACGCCUCCUUUUCUCUCCUCUCCCUAACCCUUUUACUCCUCUUCUCUCCCAUCGUUACAGCCGAUAACAUCACACAUGCGUUUGAGAAAUACUCCAAUUUCAGCACCAUGAGUGAGCUCUUCACCAAAACCAAGCUCACUACACUCAUAAGCAAAUACCAAACCAUAACCCUACUCGCUGUUAACAACAACAACAUCAGCUCUAUCACAAACAAAUCCGCCAUUGAGCUCAAAAACAUCCUCAUGACUCAUGUCAUUCUUGACUACUACGACGAGCUCAAGCUUAAGGGGAUGAAGGAGAAGAGCAUAAUGCUCACUACCUUGUACCAAACAACCGGUUUAGGUGAAGAGAUGAAUGGUUUCCUCAAUUGUACCAAAUCUAAAGGAAAAGUUUACUUUGGAUCCGGAGUAAAGGGCUCACCACUAAACGCUGAGUAUGUUACCACGUUGUAUCACAACCCUUUUAACCUGUCUAUAAUACAGAUUAGCAUGCCCAUUGUGGCUCCUGGACUCAGCUUAGCAGUUCUCCCACCUCCACCACCACCCGUUCCUUUAGCUCCAGCUCCUGCUCCAUCUCCUAUGGAUGCUGCAAUGGCUCCAAGUCCAUCUCCCAUGAGUGGUGCAACAGCUCCAGCUCCAGCUCCAGCUCCAGCUCCUGGACCAGGUGAUGAAGACAAUGCCUCGGAUAGUAAUGUUCCAAAACUUACACCUGAAACAGAGACACCUGAGGUUGAUUCUCCAGCACCUACUCCAAGCGCUGAUAAUGAGAAGAUUGAAGCUGCUGAUAAGGCUGGGAAGACCUCUUCUGCUUGCAAGACACGUUUUAGCUUUGAAGUUGUAGUUCUCUUGAUAGUAUUUUUUGUUAGCUUUGCUUGGUUUUAAGAUGGAGUUAGAUCAUGUGGUCUGAUGACAAUAACGGUAGAUGAGAUUCAAAAACAUUUAUUCAUUUUGUAGCUUUUUUUUACCAAGAAGAGAGACCACUGUGAUCAUGCAAAUGUCCUGUUGAACUUGUUACACAGUUCUAAUUCUUAAGUGUGUUACGUUUAAAACAUAGAUUAAUCAAUGCCAUUAAUGUUAGAAAAACAUGCCUGAUCACAACGGAAAACGCUUCUGCAUCUGUUUGCUUCAAACAAUGAGAUGACUAAAACGAGCCCUUACAAAUACGAGUUAACCUCCUCACACUGUCGCACAAAAAACAGAUCAACCAAGCUAAUCGUAACAACGAGACUGCACUUACAAAAGUGAACCUAACUGAUCCAACAACCAACAUUGCUCUAGAAAGUCUUAUACAUAUAGGGGUGUCAAUUGGUUGGGCCACCCAUGGGUUCACCCAUUCAAAACAAGCAUGGGUGGGUGAUGGUCAUACCCAAAUAAGUUAUGGUCUAACUGGGCUAAAAACCCACUUUGCCCAUGGGCUAACUGUUCCAAACCAAAUGGGUGUUGGGCUGGCCCAAAACAUUUAAUUUCUAGGUUUAGGCAAUUUGGGGAAAAUUGAAAAUUCACGUUCUCUUCUUCUCUUCUCCCAUUAGACGAUUCUCUUCUUCUCUUCCACUAUUUCUCUUCUCCAUUCCCAGAUUUUCGUAGCCGCGAGUCCUCCCUUACGUCUUCCUUAUGAAUCAGUAACCAUUGCUCUGUUGUAAUCUCCCUUACGUCUUUCACCAUUGCUCUGAAACUUCUUUUAGCUGUCUUCUUCUGUGUUUCUCUUCCUUGUUAUCUGCUCAUAAGGAGGUUCAGUUUUGUCUCCAUCUCUCCGCGGCGAUUUCAGAGAAGGAGAAAGAAGAAGAGAGUGGAGAGUCUAUAGACUUGAAUUGAGAAACCAGCAUUUUCAUUCACUUGCUGCCUCAGCUUGGUCUUCAGGCUGCAAAUAAGAGGAGACAAAGUCACAAAGCUGGAACAAAGUGAAUUCAUAAACAGUGUUGUUAAAAACUUAAGUCAUUUGAGAUUGUUUCAGAUUUUCAAAAUUUUAAUGUUUUUUAAAGUUUCAAAAUUUUACUACUCAAUUUUGGAUAUUUCUAUCAUAUUUCAAUGUUGUUUAAUAUUUAAAAUGAGCUUAAAUUGAAUUUAAACAGAUUUGGGCA